ACAGAAAGGGCGCGAAAUGUGACGCGCUAGAGGCGGCCGAGGAGCGGAGCCGGCUGUUCGCUCGUUUCGGAGCCGGCUGUUCGCUCGUUUCGGAGCCGGCUGUUUCUGGGGCCUUUUCUGCUGCAGAGCCCUGAGGUGCCGCCGCGCGAUGCCUGCAGCGCUUGGCUUUGUUCUGGGGUGCGCUGUACGUGUGUGGUGAUCGCUUCCGGACGGUGCCCGGGGUUCCUCAGAGUGUUUUGGGGUCUGAAAGAUGGACUUUUCAGCGAUUGCCUUUGGAGAUGUGCAAAAUGUGCUUUCAGCCAUGCAGAAGAACUUGGAGUGUCCAGUCUGUUUGGAUAUAAUAAAAGAGCCAGUUUCAACAAAAUGUGCUCACAUAUUCUGCAGGUUCUGUAUGUUUAAACUCCUCAGCAAAAAGAAAAAAGGUGUAAUCCAGUGUCCUCUGUGUAAGACUGAAGUUACCAAGAGAAGUCUCAAAGAAAAUUCAAGAUUUAAGCAACUAAUUGAAGCACUGUUGGAAGCUAUCAGUGCAUUUGAGCUUGACACUGGAGUAAAAUUUUUAAGCAGCUGUUAUUUUCCUAAAACAUCCACAGAUGCUGCUACUGCUGAGCUCUUGGGUAAUAACAGUUCUGUCAUCCAGAGUAAGGGUUUCAGAAACAGGAAGAAAAGUGCUAAAGAAAAUGGACAAGAGAGCUAUACCUUGUGGGAAGCUAAUGUGGAUCCACAGCUUACAGAUAACAGGGUUGAAGGGUGUUCCAUAAGAAGCAAAAAACAGAAACAUCGCAGUGAAAAGGGUGUACUGAUAGAGCUUGGUACUGAUUCAUCUGAAGAGCUUUCUGUACUGGCACGUGGUACUGGGUUAGAAGACAAGGAAGAGCUAGAAAAACCUAAGAGUGCUGAGAAGCGUGGAAAUUCUUGCAAUACACAGCCACUCAAGCUGGCUGCUAAAGAAAUAAUCUUACCAGAUGUCAUAGGUGAAACUGAUUUCUUGAAGGAAGCUUUGAGCAAGAAACGCAUUUUAAACAUCGGUGAACAUGUCAAAUCUAACCAAGUAAACACAAUUGAGGGCCAGAGUUCUCCUUUAAAUGUUUUUGAUGCAGACCUACUCACAGAACAGUGUGAUGGAAUGGGUAAUGUCAGUCCUUUAAAGAAUAAUGACACACCUUUCUCUAAGAAUGAAGAGAUGGAUGCAGAGGAAACUCAGUGCAGUAGUAAAAACCAAGAGCUUGACUUAAAAGAUAGCUCAGAAAAUAGUCUGCAUAAGAUAAAAGAAAAGGAUAUUUGUAUGCCAAGUGUGGAAGAUGUAGAAAUGUACGAACCCAUGAAUGAUUCUUUACCUGAGAAAGAACCUCCUGUGGAGAAACUACUCCAGCCAAAGAUACAUCACUGUCCUACCCUUCAUGAGGUCUCUAGGAAGAGACUGAAGCAAAGCAUUCAGAAAGUCAAUGAUUGGUUUUCAAAAAGCAAUGAAAUUCUGUCUUCCAGUUCAUCCCAGAAUGAUCCUGCUGAAGUAACUGAUGCUUCAGGCGAAGGAGAUAUUUCUCUAUCAGAUAAAGAUUCAUGUAUUUCAGAGAGGACCAACCCUAUAGUAGAUUCUGUGGAAUUUGCAGUGGUUGAAAGAAACAAGAGAUGGCCAAAACAAACAACAUAUAGCAUCAAUGACAAAAUAUUUGGGAAAACAUAUGAGAGAGGGAGGAAGUCUAAUCCCUCUACUAUCUUGAGUGACAUUUUGCCUGCUACAAAAAAAGAAGAUGUGGCUGUAGAAGAGGAGUGCUUGAAUAGUUCCAGAAAAGAUGGACUAAAACGAAAAAGGAAGCCUGCCCGUGUCCUUCAGCCUGAAGACUUUGUCAAGAAGAAAGACCUGGAAGAGGUAGAUAGAUGUCCUCAGGGUAUUAACUCCAGCCUUGGAGAUGCCAAGAAGAAAAAAUGUGAUGAAAAUUCUGCGGUCAAGGAGAAUCCCCUCCUUGAAAAAAGAAAGGGUUGUACGCAAGCAGAAUUUGAGGAAGGAGGAUUAAAGUGGAAAAAUGCUACUGAAAACGUGUCAGGCAAGCAGUCUGACGGAGAACUGGUACUGAAUAACUCUGAUAAGAAGAGUGCUAAGAAUACAUGCUCUGCAGCAAAAGGAUGCAGGCGUUCAACUAGAAUCAAGUCUGCUAUACACUUAGUUGAUAGAAACCCAGGUUCCUUUGAUCCAGCUGAGUCACUGAUUGAUAGCUAUCCAAGCAGUGAAGAACCAAGCAAAGUUGAUGGUGAGCAAAGACAAGUCAGACGCAGCAGGAGGCUUCAGCUACUUUCUGAAGAGAUCACGAAAGAAACAGGAAAAAUAAGACUUAAGGAAGCAAGAAAUUCUGACAGUGUUCCAGAAGGGUCUGUCUUUGGAGCUGAAAGGAAUGUGUUAGUUCACGAUUCCCAGUGCAGAGACCCAGGGAAGAAGCAGGGUAUAUUGAGUUACAUAUCGCUUGCUGAUCAGAAUGGUGCUGAUCUGAAGGCAAAUGGAAUACAGAUUAGUCCAAAUAAUUCAGCUGAUAUGGCAAAAAACAGAAGUCUCUUCAGUCCUAUAUUUACUUGUCAACAUUCAGAUUUUAAUUUCCCUUCACCCAAAGCAGGUUCUCAAGAAGGUGAAAUGCUAGGUAGACUUUCCCUCCAGCAGUCUCCUUCAAAGACUGUUCUGCACACUGCUUCCAUCCUGACUGAAGAGAAGAGGUCUGGGUCAUGUACUACUUUUCCUCAUGACAAAGGGUGCUGCUCACAGAAUGUUCCUGAUGACUUCAGAAUUGGAAAGUCACCAAUGGCUGAAAAUGCUUCAGAGUUGACCACAGAGGCUGAAGACAGUGAGUUAGACACACAGUAUCUGCGAAAUAUAUUUAGGAGUUCAAAGCGGCAGUCUUUUAGUCUUUAUCCUACUCCUGUGAAGGCAUGUACUACAAAUGUUGUUGCGUCUGAACAAAAUACUCCAUGUCUUGAUCGGGUAGAAAAAAGGCAUAGUGAAUAUUUAAAGACAGAAAACUUACAAGAAGAGAAAACUGCUGAAGAUCCGAGUAGUGUUUGUGAGAAGUUUAAGACCUGUGAAUCUUCUUAUGUUAGUCCUGUGUCGUGCUUUGUCAGCAAUGCUGAAUGUGUGCACCCUAUGAAGAAUCAGGAAGAUGUUUCAAAGGUCACAAAUCAUGGGAAUCCUACACCACCAGUAAGAAUGCAUGGUGCUAGGAAUGAAGGCAGAAACAGACCACAAAAGGGAGAGCAGGGAAGUGAAGAGACAUUGUCAGCUGACAUAAGGGUAGAAAGCAAACUGAGACUGAAUCCAAUCAGAAGCAGUAGAAGUCAAAGUGAUCAGAGUAAUACAGAAGAGCAUGCAUUCCAAAGAACAGACAUGAACACAGUCAGUGAAACACACUUCAGUUCAGAAAGCAAUAAAGUGGAAAAGGCUGAAGUUGAUGGCAAAGAACUGAUGCAACAUUCUCAGCUCAGUCCAAUGGUUUUUCCUACAGCUUGUCAACAAAAUCCAGCUGAAUUCAACUGCGAAGUCACUGAAAAAGAAAGUAGCAAAAGAGGGAGAAGUCUGGUAAAGAGCAAUGAAGAGCGAGUAAUCGAAACUGUCAGCACAGGAUUGUCAGAGUAUUUAGGUAGAGAGGCACUAGAAGAAUCUCUUAAAGGCCGCAGUGAAUUUACAGAUCUGUCUGAAACCCCUGAUGGCUUACUGUGCUCUGACAAUGAUACUGAAGAAAGCACCAGCUUUCAUGUAACUAAUAGGAAAGACACAUCUGCUGUGUUUGUAAAAAGAAGUGUCGCCCUGGUGAAAGAAGCAAAUGACUCAGUUGUUAGUUGUAAGCCAAGUUCUGAAGGUAUUCGAAAGUCUCGGAAAAGAGUCCAGAAACUGCAAUCUUCAGAUGAAGAAUCUAGUGAGGAUGAAGAUUUACCAUGUUUUCAGGAAUUAAUGUUUGGCAAAUCAGUAAGCACGCCUUUGCAGAUCAAAAAACAGGUUACAUCUGUGGUCCAGUCUUCAGCAAAUCUGAGCAUGUUGUCCGGCAGUGAAUGUCAUAAUGAAAAUAAUGAGCAGAAAACACUUGAUGCUGCCCUAAACAAUGAGUGUGUUUCGCCAAGCCAGGAGUCGGAAUGCUCUGUGAACUUAUUUUCAUCACAGUCCAACAUGUCUGAAGAAUUGGUUGAUGGAGCACAGGAGCUGAAGAAAACUUUGAUACAAGUGAGCAAUGUAAAUAAGAGUAAAGAAGGUCUUCAGAGUUGCAGUGGAGGGCUGAAGAGAAGAAAAAAUAGCUCCAGUGAUGAGUACCCAGAAGAUCCAAACGUGGGGGCAAACCUAGGUGAAGCAUCUGGGUACAACGGUGAAACAAGUCACCUAGAGGAUGCACAUGAACACUUUUCUCAGGGUGAAAUUCUUUCUACACAGCAGAAAAAUGCUAUGCAGAAUAACCUAAAAAAGCUACAACAAGAAAUGGCUGUACUUGAAGCAGUGCUAAAGCAGCAUGGAAGUCAGGACACUGAGGAAUUGCCCCUAUAUAGGGAACUGCCACAUUCCAGUAGUGGAGGAACACUUGAAAUGGAGCAGAUGAGACAAGAAACAGAAAAUGUGUUUGAGCAUGACCCUGAGACCAAGCUAAGUAAGAAAUCUGUUUUACCAGAUCUGUGUGUAAAUGUGACCAGGAAUCCAAAUAGCUCUUCUUCCUCUUUAAAGCAUCCUUGCCCUCAAACAGCAAAAGCAACAAAUAGUUCCACUGUAUCUCAGAGUGAUAACAAAAGCAAUGUUCAAAUAUGUAAAUCAAAGAGAAGUAUAUGUUUUCCUACAUCUGUACUGUACAAUUCAGCUGGGAAAGAAAAUGCUGCAAGUUCAGGUAUGACUCACAGGACAGAAAUGUCAAUUGUGGCAUCCGGUCUGAACCAGAGUGAACAUUUGAUGGUCCAGAAGUUUGCCAGAAAAACUCAGAGCGCUUUCUCUAAUCACAUAACUGAUGGAACAACCCAUGUCGUAAUGAAAACAGAUGAGGAGCUGGUAUGUGAACGGACGUUGAAGUACUUUCUGGGUAUUGCAGGAAGAAAAUGGGUGGUUAGUUACCAGUGGAUAAUUCAGUCUUUAAAAGAAGGCAGAAUACUGGAUGAGGAGAACUUUGAAGUUAAAGGAGAUGUAAUCAAUGGCAGAAACCACCAAGGUCCUAAGAGAGCUAGGCAAAGUCUGGCUGAAAAGAUUUUUAAAGACUUUGAGAUCUGCUGCUAUGGACCUUUCACUGGUAUGUCUACAGGACAUUUGGAAUGGAUGUUGGAGCUUUGUGGUGCCUCUGUAGUGAAACAACUUCAUCUGUUCACUCACAAAGUAAAUUCCACUGCUGUUGUUGUUGUGCAGCCAGAUGCUUGGAUGGAAGGCACAAGUUAUGAAGCCAUCCAGCAGAAGAAUAAUGUCAUCGUGGUGACUCGAGAGUGGGUGUUAGACAGUGUUGCUUGCUUUAAGUGCCAGGAAUUGGAUGCUUACCUUUUGUCCCAAGACUGAUCUGCAGUUCAUUUUCUGUUGCACAGGAGUUCUUAUCAGUACUGAUACUUGAGUAAUUGUUUUAAGAACUAUGGACUUUUAAGUAAUGUGCAGAGAUUAUGUGCUUGUAGUAUUCUUUCUCAGAAUUAAUAAGUACAUAUUUGUUACUUAAGUAUUUUUAUUGUUAAUAUUACUGUAUAAAGAAAGUUACCAUCUUUGUUGCCAUUUUGUUCUUUAAAGAUUAACAUUUCUAAUCUCAAAACAGUCAUUUAAAACUCGUGUAAAAUAAAUAAAAGAAGUUAAAACCCAAAUUGGGGUGAGGUGAGGGGGAAGGGAAGAAAAAAAUAUAUAAUGUGGCCUCCUCAGAGAAACAGUGAUGAAUUAUUUACCAUCCCAGACAGUUUCUGCCUAUAUAUUUAAGGACAUCCUGGAAGAAUACUUAUUUACAAGACUAAUACUGGGCUCAGCUUGAAUUAAAAUACACUUGCAUUCACAAAUAAUCUUUACAUUUUCAUUUUGCCUAAGUAUCCUGAAUAUCGAUAUGAAGAAACACUAUUUUGUGGUUACCAGUGCAUGGAUAAUCUUAGGCCGUGGACUAUAGCUGUUCUGAAAACUAUGAACAGCACCCCUGUAGUUAAGACACUUCGAUAUCAGUUUAAACUGUGUGACCACACAAGUGACCUAUACAGCUUGUACUUGAUUCCUAAAACAAAGAAAUUCUUAAAACAACAAGCCUUUGCCAGCGUCAUGUUCUUUUGAGAGUGUACGUGGCAACUAGGAAGAGAUAAUUAAGAGGCACUUUAGUAUCCUGGUGACUUACAAUAAGCUUUGUAAGAAUCUGUUCCUAAUAGUCCCUGUCUGCAGAAUGAAACUGAAGAGAUGUAUUGCUUUUUAUGGAAGAAACUAUAUUGCUUCUUUGUUUCUAAGCAGUUCAACUUCAAAAAAUAGUUCUGUACCUUCAGAACCUGUUUUCAUAAAGUUGUUUAAAAAAAAUCAUAAUAAAAACUUAUAGAUUAUCUCA